AUGACUAUAGCCCUUGGUAGAAUUCCUAAAGAAGAAAAGGAUCUAUUUGAUACUGUGGACGACUGGUUACGAAGGGACCGUUUCGUUUUUGUAGGAUGGUCCGGCUUAUUGCUCUUUCCUUGUGCUUAUUUCGCUUUAGGAGGGUGGUUUACAGGGACAACUUUUGUAACUUCUUGGUAUACCCAUGGAUUGGCUAGUUCCUAUUUGGAAGGUUGUAAUUUCUUAACCGCAGCAGUUUCUACCCCUGCCAAUAGUUUAGCACACUCUUUGUUGCUACUAUGGGGCCCGGAAGCACAAGGAGAUUUUACUCGUUGGUGUCAAUUAGGUGGCCUAUGGACUUUUGUAGCUCUCCACGGGGCUUUUGCACUAAUAGGUUUCAUGUUACGCCAAUUUGAACUUGCUCGGUCUAUUCAAUUGCGGCCUUAUAAUGCAAUCUCAUUCUCUGGUCCAAUCGCUGUUUUUGUUUCUGUAUUCCUUAUUUAUCCACUGGGGCAAUCCGGUUGGUUCUUUGCGCCGAGUUUUGGCGUAGCAGCGAUAUUUCGAUUCAUCCUUUUCUUCCAAGGAUUUCAUAAUUGGACGUUGAACCCGUUUCAUAUGAUGGGAGUUGCCGGAGUAUUAGGCGCGGCUCUCCUAUGCGCUAUUCAUGGAGCGACCGUAGAAAACACUCUAUUCGAAGACGGUGAUGGUGCAAAUACUUUUCGCGCUUUUAACCCAACUCAAGCUGAAGAAACUUAUUCAAUGGUCACUGCUAAUCGCUUUUGGUCCCAAAUCUUUGGUGUUGCUUUUUCCAACAAACGUUGGUUACAUUUCUUUAUGCUAUUUGUCCCCGUCACCGGUUUAUGGAUGAGUGCUAUUGGCGUAGUUGGCCUGGCUCUGAACUUACGUGCCUAUGACUUUGUUUCCCAGGAAAUCCGUGCAGCGGAAGAUCCUGAAUUUGAGACUUUCUACACCAAAAAUAUUCUUUUAAACGAGGGUAUUCGUGCGUGGAUGGCAGCUCAGGAUCAGCCUCAUGAAAAUCUUAUAUUCCCUGAGGAGGUUCUACCACGUGGAAACGCUCUUUAA